AUGUCGAACGAAAAUGGAGUGCAAGGAAAGAGAAUUGCCAUUAUUGGUGUCUCAACUUUUUUGUUUGUGGUUGUGAUAGUUGCUAUGGUCAUGGCUGUUAUGGUUGGUGUAAAUCCUAAAGAGAAUGGUGCAAAUGAUGGUGUAGAAGACAAAAACAAAGACCAUAUUGCUUCUACUGUAAAAGCUGUUCAAACCCUUUGUCGUCCUACAAAUUACAAACAAGAAUGCGAGGAAAACCUUUUAGCAGGGGCUAGAAACACCACAGAUCCAAAAGAACUUAUCAAACUUGCUUUCAACAUCACCAUUACAAAAAUUGGUGAUAAACUCAAAGAAACUGAUCUUUUACAUGAGGUUGAGAAAGAACCUAGAGCCAAGAUGGCACUAGACACAUGUAAGCAACUCAUGGAUCUUUCAAUUGGGGAGUUAACAAGGUCACUUGAUGGAAUAGCAGAGUUUGACCUGGUACAUCUUGAUAACAUCCUCAUGAAUUUAAAAGUUUGGCUUAGUGGGGCAGUUACAUACCAAGAUACUUGCUUGGAUGGAUUUGAGAACACAACUAGUGAAGCUGGUAAAAAGAUGAAGGAUUUGUUAACAACAGGCAUGCAUAUGAGUAGCAAUGCCCUGGCCAUUGUGACAGAUUUGGCAGACUCUGUAACAAAUUUGAAUCUCACACAAUUACUUGGGCGUAGACUCCUUCAAGAUUCUGAGCUUCCCUCUUGGGUUGAUCAUCGUAGACUCCUUAAUGCAAAUGGAAGCUCAUACACACGUAAGCCUAAUGUCACAGUAGCUAAAGAUGGUAGUGGAGAUUUCAACAGCAUGAAUGAUGCAUUGAAGCAAGUGCCUAAGAAAAACAAAAAACCAUUUGUGAUCUACAUAAAAGAAGGUAUUUAUCAAGAAUAUGUUUUAGUUACCAAGAAGAUGACCCAUGUGGUGUUUAUUGGUGAAGGAGGAAAAAAGACACGAAUAAUUGGCAACAAAAAUUUUGUAGAUGGAAUUAACACAUACUUAACCGCGACUGUAGGUAUGUCUCUUUUCAUGUUCACAAAACUAAUUUAUCACUCGUACGCAUUCGGGUAA